UAUUUUCCAAUAGCUAUAUCUAUAAGCAGUGUGCUCUAGACCACGAAUUUAGAUAGUUUUGUUUUUGAUCUUUAAAAAUGCGUCUCUUCUUUGGACUGUUAUCAAUUUUUGGUCUUACGUUGAUGUUUGCAUUUAUCACUAGAGCUGAAUCAUCUGGAAAGUCCCGGAAUCGAGAAGAUCGUUUUGAUCUGGAGAACGAGAGUAUUGAAAGUAGGGAGAUCGACGAACUUAUGGCGUCAUGUGAAAGAGCAGAGAGUGCGGAAAACUAUAGCUGCCGGCAGAGGAAAACGGAGUACCCGAAGCGAAAGACUUUUUACUUUGCACUUUGAGAAUGAUGUUUGUGGUUAUAGUGAUCCAAUAAAUAUA